CUUUGUUGGUGUCUGCGUGUAGGGCAAGAUUGGUGCAGAGGGAAAUCCCUGAAGUCUACCUGGAGUGCCGCCAUGGAGAGCUCGGACAGGCGCAGCCACAGCCACUGCGGGCUGGAGCUCAGACCCAUUGACUUGCUGGAGCGGAAGGGCUCCCUGACCCUCCGCUCUCGGCACAAGAAAUACUCGAAGCCCGUGUUGGUGUGUUCCUGGCACCAUGACAGAGAAGCUUAUCCCAAAGACUAUGAUAUAGAGGGUCCUGAGGAAGUAAAAAAAUUGUGUAAUUCCACAUACUGGCGACUUGGAACCAGUGAGCCCCCAAUCUGGAUAUCAGAAGCACAUGAAAAAAUGGCUCAAGUUUAUUUAAACAGAGAAUUGGCUGAAAUAAAGAGCAAGGCUUUAUUGAAUGAGGACACAAUUACUUCUGGGAUCAUCGAAAGGGACACUGGAUUGCCUGCAACAGGCUUUGGAGCUCUCUUUACUAGACACCCACCAGAUUGGCGCAAAAUGUGUUCAUUGACAACCUAUGGUGAAGAAUAUGUUCCACCACAUGAUUAUCAGCCACUUGAUUAUCCUUGUCAAGAUGAUUAUUCAGUAGUCCACAGAAAAUGCCGUUCUCAGUUCACAGAUCUAGAUGGUUCCAAAAGAUUUGGCAUCAACACUUGGCAUGAUGAAAGUGGGGUUUAUGCUAAUUUUGUAAAACAAAAACUCUAUCCAUUAACUGGUGGUCCUACUGUCCCCUUUUAAAAGUAAUGUAUGGAAUUGGAUUGUCUAACUAAUGAAAGACUAAAGAUGAAACAGUUGAUGAUUUUCUAGUCUAAUAAAUGCCAGGAAAUGUUGCUAUGCAAAAUACCUUUAAAAACAAUAUAUUCUAGACCAGUGUGUAAAUAUCCUUCUUUUCAUAAGCUACUCUGGCAUUUUCCAGUUUAGUAUGUGUACCACUGAGGGUAAACAACACAAUUCUAGAUAUACUUGGUGUAAUUUUAUUUUAUUUUUAUUUAUGGGCUGUGCAUUUAUUUUAGUUUUUAUUAGAAAAAAUUCAUGAAGCUGGUAUAUUCAAACUUAUGAUUUGUUAGGGUGUGGCUAAUUUUUUAUUAAGUGAAUAAAAAUAUAGGUGAUUACUCAGAUUUGACAUGAAACUUAAAUGGCUGAAGUUUGGGCAACACUGGCUCUAUUAUAAUGAUGUGUGUGUGUGUGUUGUUGGGGAAGUGUGUCUAUUUAUAGACUUUACGGUGACUAACUACACUGUGUAUUGCCUAAUCAGCCUGGACUCAAGAUUAACACUUUUUGAGUGUAUGGGAUAGCAGAGGCACAGACAGAAUAUUGGUGAAACUCUAGGGAUUUGGUGGGAAAAUUCAAUCGUUUAGUGUUAGAUCUGGAAGAAAUCUCAGCAGGUGCUUUUGACUCACCCUCCCAUUUCACAGAUGAGCAAACAAAGACCCAUGGGGGUUUAAGUAAGUUGUCCAGGGUUACAUAAACAGCAGAUUCUAGUUGAUCUUUGAGGUGCAUUUGAACUUUUGUUUCUUC